UCGAAGCAGACACAGGGAGAGCGGUCCGAGGCGACCCAGAACAAAAGCAGCCCCAAACCCCGGCGAUGAAGGAAGUGAAGUAGCCGCGGCGGCAGCAGACGGCGGCCAUGGAAGAUGCGUCGGCGGAGCUCGAGCGGCGGAGCCAGUACCUCACCUCCCUCAUCCAACGUGCCAGGGUCAGGGCUGAGGACGACGUGGAGGAGAAAUCUGGGCGACUUGAAGCAGAGCGGCAGCAAGGGGUGGAUAAGAAGGGAACCGGCGAUCGGGGGAGCAGGGAGGGCGCUGAGGAGACGCAGGACGUGCGGGUCAGGGCCGCCGACAUGCCCGUUGCGCUGCAGGAGCGGGCGUUCCAGUGCGCCCGCGAGGUGCUCGACUCGAUGCCCAAGCUCGAUAACAAGCGCCUCGCCCUCACCCUCAAGAAGGAAUUCGACUCAUUGUAUGGUCCAGCUUGGCACUGUAUUGUUGGGAGAAGCUUUGGUUCAUAUGUCACACAUACUUUGGGAGGUUUCUUGUACUUCUCCAUCGAUAAGGUCUACAUACUUCUCUUUAGGACAGCUGUUAAGACAUUGGGCCAUUAACGAUCAUGUUGCAAUUGGACGGUUUCUUCUAGGAAAUAUGGAUGGUUGAAAUGCUUAAAAAUUUUUACUUAAAGUGGAGAGAUCAACUAUUAUGACACUUAAAGUUGUAACGUGUAUCAGGACAUGGAUUGAGUGGCCUUUUCUUUGUUAGUUAAUGCCAGAAGCAAUUGUGAUGGUUUUCUUGAAAUGUUAAUGUGUUGUCGGCACCUAUCAAGUGAGGAAAAAGGUGCAGGUUUAUAAUGCAUCUCUCAUGCUCAUCGACUUCUGAAGCAUAAAGCUUGUCUACCCCUUGGCUUCUUCACCUUGUAUGGGCCCAAUUACUUGCAAUAACAAAUUGUGUUUUCUCUGUCACUGAUUCGUUUUAUGAUUAACUCUCUGAAAUUGUUUGCGAAAGAAAUGAGCCUUUUACAUGUUUCCUCAUAAGUAAACCCUUUCCUCCUCUCAUAAGAAAAGCUAGAGACUUGCUGAUUAUAAAUUUUCAGUACUUCUUCUCUGAGGACAUGAAUUUGUUCAUGGCUUACUGAUUUUUCUGAUGAAACUCAGCAACAGCGGCUGCUAUUGGCAUGGUAACAAAUUUGAGGAUUCCCUUGAUUCGGUAUGUUUCAGUUGGCCUUACCUGUGAACUUUUUUGUACUCCAUAGCCAAUUUGUUUCUGUUCUUUGGUUUGCUUUUAUUAUUCACUAUGAUCAUUAUCUGAGCCUUCCGCGGGUCUCUCAUGAAUUAUAUACUUCCAAAUUGUCCUACAGGCUCACAAUCCUGUUUUGAUGUUUGAAGGGCAACCAAGAUUGACAGAAGCCAGCGGCUUUCCAUGAAUACAAAUCACAGGACAGAAAAUUGAAGUAAAUAUGUGUCAAAAGCAUCACAAGAAUCCAAACUCCAACGACGAGAUCAUGUGGUACAGAAAAAGCCACAGCAUCAGCUGCAGAGGAGCCACUUCUCAACUGACCAAGUGAAUGGAUGUGCCCUACCAAGUCAAGAACACACACUGCCCUAAAAGCAGCAAAGGAUCCACAAAGCGUCGCCUCUCUUCUGGUUUCUUUUCUGAACUGAAGCACCACCCAGGUAACAAAAGCUUGAUGCAACGAUU